AUGAGGAAGUUGGGUGUGGUAAGUAGUAUUACGCAAAAUCAUAUUGCAGCUGGAGGCCCCGGAGUAACAUCGGAACCUGAGGAAGGAGGGACUUCCACUCAAGACUUAAUGGCUGAGGAGGACGACCUAAUAACCGCAACAUCAAUUGGUGGUUUUCAUGUUGGAGGAAAUCGCAGUCUAGGAUCAAUAAUCGAUCGUGAAGAGCAAGAUUUCCCAUCGGGAACUGUUUGCGACAGGGAAAGCAGAGAAAGUCGCAUAGGAGAAGUGUGCUGCAAUAGUGCCCUAUUCGAGACGAUGGCAGAUGCAUUUUAUGAAUUGAGCAGCUCACCAACGUUUGGCUUCACUGCAGCGGGUAGCAUCGCUAGCUUGAUCCAAAAACGAGCGCAAAAUCGAUUCGAUCAAUCGUUCGAGGUGUUCGUUUCGCAGGACAAUUUUGCAAUAGCUUCGUAUGGAGUUGGUGAUGAGAUCUGUAAGUAUCGUGAGCGAGGAUUCGUCGCUUUGGCCUAUGCUACACCUGUCCAGUACGACAUCUCUCGCUAUGCAGACGAGAAAACUCUCGGCGUAUCAUCACGUGAUAAUCUUGGAGCUACUGAAACGUCUUUGCCAGGGCAGCGAUCAAAAUGCUCAGCUUACAUUUUGACGAAGUGGAUGCAGUCCAUAACUCUUCGGUAUCAGAGAGCGCCGAGUUUCGACCCUUACAAUACAAGAUUUCUAGCUAGGACGAUGCAGUACGCUAUAGAGGAACGACUCCAGUUGAGUUUUGAAAUCGUUGUGUCAACUGACGACUUCGCAAUGGCUCACUCUACUUGA